UAGAAGAAGAGUGUGUUUACUAAUGUUGGACAGCGUCUCAUUCAAGGCACGUUUUACCGAUAAAAGCAAGAUAUCUUCUUAUUCUUCGAGUUUUAAAAUACAACCAUAUGUGUUUACCUUUAUGAGAAAUGAUGACGGGCAGGAGGAGGCUGCUGCCGUGUGUGUGUCUGGGGCUGUUCGGUGUCCUGUGCUGGGUCUGGGUAUCUUUUGCCUCUUUCCCUGACGACCAGCUUCAUCUAGAAGAUGUUGUGGAUCGAGGAGCCUUUCAGCCCCAGAGUGCUCUGUCCGACAUGGAGUUUGCCUCCAUCUCUUCGUACAGAGGACCUGGGAACAGCGACCACCGCAGUAACAAGGAGCUGCCCAUCAUCCUCUGGUGGAGCGGAGGACUUUUCCCACAUUUUCCUGGUGACACUGAACGCAUUGACUGUGCAACGUCCUCCUGCCUGGUGACGAGCAAUCGCAAGGUGAAGCUGUACAAGAGGACGGCAUCCAUCAUCUUUUAUGGGACAGAUUUCAGGGCAUAUGAGGCACCACUCCCUCGUCCCCGCCACCAGACCUGGGCUCUGUUCCACGAGGAGUCACCCAUGAACAACUAUAUCCUCUCUCAUGGACCAGGGAUCAGGCUGUUCAAUUAUACUGCAACUUUUAGCAGGGAGUCCGACUAUCCCCUGACCUUACAGUGGCUGCCUUCCCUGGAGUACCUGCUGAAGCCUGUCGCGGUGUCGCUGCAGGAGAAGAACCGCCUGAGGAGGGAGGGCUUGGCUCCAGUGCUCUACAUGCAGUCUCACUGUGAUGUACCAGCAGACAGAGACAGAUACAUUUGGGAACUCAUGAAAUACAUUGAGGUGGACUCUUAUGGGAAAUGCCUAAAUAACAAACCCCUUCCAGAAUAUCUGGAGGAUACAGCCACCGCUACUGGCGAGGAACCCAGCUUCAUGAAUUUUGUUGCACGCUACAAGUUCCACCUGGCACUGGAGAAUGGCCUGUGUCCAGAUUACAUGACAGAGAAGCUCUGGCGGCCCCUCCAUCAGGGCUGCGUGCCAGUCUAUCGAGGCUCCUCUGCGGUGGCUGACUGGAUGCCCAACGACCAUUCUGUGAUAAUUAUAGACGACUUCCCCUCACCAAAAGCUCUCGCCGACUUUCUCAAGCGUCUGGAUGAAAAUGAUGAUGAAUAUGCCAGAUAUUUAGAGUUCAAGGACCACAGAAGCAUUGCUAACACUCGUUUGCUCACGGGGCUGGAGACCCGUGAGUGGGGAGUCAAUGACAUGAGUAAACCCAACUACUUAAAUGGAUUUGAAUGUUACGUGUGUGACCAGGAGAAUGCCCGGUUGUCAGCAGAAAGAGCACAUCGGAAAGCUCCUAAGAAGAACAACCCUCCUCGGCCUAAAAUGGCUACAAACUCUCACAUGGGUUGCCCACUGCCCAGUCCCGGGUACGGAGACGUCCAAGACCUGCGUGCAGAUGACGAAUGGUUGCAAAUAUGGCCCCAGGAUUACUGGCAGAGCCUGGACCAAGCAGAGGGGCUGGAGUCUCUGAUAAGACACAACGAGUCAGACCCCUCUCUGCUGUGGAAGUACAUCCAAAACAUUGCUGAGAGUAGAGCCAGAGGAAAACACUGACACAGGCCUCCAACAAACAGCAUGGAGAAGGUCCAACAACACGGGGGCGGCCCGUUAUUACCCAUCCAUUCAGUUUUUAACGAGGUGGACGUUGCUCAUAGUUCUUCACUUGUGCCAAAACUCCUUUACCCUUGUGAACAGUUUAGCUGCUCUGCAGCAGAUUUCAAAAACUCUUUUCAGCUGACACUAUUUCAUUUUUUUUUUUCCAAGUUCAAUAAUAGAACACUAUUGUUUAAGCGUUAGAUGCUCAUAUUUUCAACUCGUUUUAUUGCCAGAAUGAAGGUGCCAUUAUAGUAUUUUUUUUUAUUAACUCUGCUUUGCAUUGUGAGCAUUGACUGCAACAGCUCAUUUGUUCCAGAGAAGCACGUUCUCGUGGGAAGCAGCUUUCCGCUGAACUGGGGCUCAGCCAAAUACUUGUCCUCUGUUACAAGGGAGCUCUGCCUAACUGUGUGUGAAGACCAUCAGGACGGCAGCCAAUGGACUGCACUUGUUUGUUUACAGUUACUCAAAAGGUGGAUGAUGGUUAUUAGCUCAAGCGGCAUUUUCUUUUCUCUCUGUGCACGGAUACUUGAAGUAAGCAUGCAACAAAAUGAAAGAAGUGGAGAAAGGGAAAACACAGCCUCCCGGUGGGAAAUCACCGCUUCCCUGGCAGCAACGUCUCCACUCUGAAUUCAUGUAGAUGCCCGAGAAUAUUACCCUGAGCCUUCUCCUGUUGCAUCAUCAUCUUCAUGUGCAAUAAUUACUAAUCAUGCUUUUUUUUCUUUGGUUUGUCUUAUAGCACACCACUUUUAUAGGACAUUUGUACCAGGAUUUUAUAAAUCAUUUUAUUUUGUCUAUAAAGCAUCAUACAUGUGAACACACUAUUUUAUACCAAGGACAAUAAAAGAAGUAAACAUUUUGUAACAAA